AGCGGCGCGCCGGGCGGGAGUGUAAGAUGGCGGAGUAGCAACGCGAAGCGGUUAGUAUUGAUUCUCUGGUACGACUUCGGUUCCUGUCUCGGCAGCAGCAGCAGCGAUCGCUGAGCGAAGAGUGCCUAAGACAGCUGACUGAGAUGCCGAAUAUCAAAAUCUUCAGCGGCAGCUCUCACCAGGACUUAUCCCAGAAAAUUGCCGACCGCCUGGGCCUGGAGCUAGGCAAGGUGGUGACUAAGAAAUUCAGCAACCAGGAGACCUGUGUGGAAAUUGGAGAGAGUGUACGUGGAGAGGAUGUCUACAUUGUUCAGAGUGGUUGUGGUGAAAUCAAUGACAAUCUCAUGGAGCUUUUGAUUAUGAUUAAUGCCUGCAAGAUUGCUUCAGCCAGCCGGGUUACUGCAGUCAUCCCAUGCUUCCCUUAUGCCCGGCAGGAUAAGAAGGAUAAGAGCCGGGCCCCAAUCUCAGCCAAGCUUGUCGCAAAUAUGCUCUCUGUAGCAGGAGCAGAUCACAUCAUCACCAUGGACCUUCAUGCUUCUCAAAUUCAGGGUUUUUUUGAUAUCCCAGUGGACAAUUUGUAUGCAGAGCCAGCUGUCCUGAAGUGGAUAAGGGAGAAUAUCUCUGAGUGGAGGAACUGCACUAUUGUCUCACCAGAUGCUGGUGGAGCUAAGAGAGUGACCUCCAUUGCAGACCGGUUGAAUGUGGACUUUGCCUUGAUUCACAAAGAACGGAAGAAGGCCAAUGAAGUGGACCGCAUGGUGCUGGUGGGAGAUGUGAAGGAUCGAGUGGCCAUCCUUGUGGAUGACAUGGCUGACACUUGUGGCACAAUCUGUCAUGCAGCUGACAAACUUCUGUCAGCUGGAGCCACCAGAGUUUACGCUAUCUUGACUCAUGGAAUCUUUUCUGGCCCAGCUAUUUCUCGCAUCAACAAUGCGUGUUUUGAAGCAGUAGUAGUCACCAAUACCAUACCUCAGGAGGAUAAGAUGAAGCAUUGCUCCAAAAUACAGGUGAUCGAUAUCUCCAUGAUCCUUGCAGAAGCCAUCAGGAGAACUCACAAUGGGGAAUCUGUGUCCUACCUGUUCAGUCACGUACCUUUGUAAUAGAAUAACUUCUGAAGCUUUUUAAAAAUAAAAUCAACCCCGCUCCUUGUUUUCCCUCGGUAUUUGAAAAGUUCAGCAGAAGACCCAGCUUGCUCCAGUGUAGCUUUCUACAUCCCACAUCAGGUAUAUCAGAGCUUAUCCUAAAUUGAGGAAAGGCAGAUUGAGAUUAACUGCUGGAAUUUCCUAUCUGCAUUGGCUCAUUCUGGCUUCUUUAAUUUUGUGAGCCUUGCAGCUUGAACUACAGCUCAGCUGCAGCAAGAUUUCAGACUUUGAGGGUGUUGUGUAGGGGUGUUACUGUGCCUGGGGAAGCUAAGACUACUUUGCAUGUGAAUGCUUCAGGGUUUUCUUUGUUCAGAACAAUUAGCAACAAAACCAGCCCAGUUCCCCCAAUCCUGAAAGUGUCACCAGUUCUCCAAGUUCUGUGCUAAAUUACCGCUAGAGCCCUAGGCAACCCCAAAUCUAGUUCUGGUUGCCGAGCUUCCCCUAAGGUAGGGGCAGGCAGCUUUCAGCCAUUGGGUAGAGACAUGAGGGGAGGCAGCACAGUGGAACAAAUGCUUCUUGGGAGGAAGAAAACUCAUCCAUCACCAUCACCUAGGGGACUAUGUAUCUUGGAUUCUGUGUUGUACCUGCUUCUUUCAAUUUGGCAUUACCUUCAGCCAUCGUGGCUUUUUCCCUGGCCAAAUAGCCUCUUGGGGCCAAAUGAUCAGUGUACCAUAGUCCUAUGGAAAGCUGUGUAAUCUCUAACAUUUACAUGAGGUGAUUUUGCUGUAGCUUAAUCUUCCUUAGCCUGCUGCCACCAUGGUAGUUGAUCUUAGGUGAUGGUGUAGUGCCUUUUGGUUAAUUUAAAUAUUUAAUUUUCAUCUUCCUUCCUUGUAUCUGUUCGGCCUCUCAAAUGACCUGAGGUUUCUGUUUAAAAAGCUUGAUGUUAUCGUAGCUUGUAGAGAAAACUAAUAAAGUGUCUUUAUGUGUGUG